AUGUCGACGACAUUAUCCUCACAGCCUCAUCGCCGGUCUUAUUUGACAAGAUUGUCUCUCAUCUUGCUGCUACGUUUGAUCUCACUGAUCUCGGGACUUCAUCACUUCCUCCGUAUUGUCGUCAAGUACAACAAAGUCGAUCUUCUUCUCAGCCAACAGAACUUUGCUGCUGACAUCCUCAACCGUGCCUCCAUGACAAACUGCAAUCCAUGCAAUACUCCAGUUGAUACAACCAACAAGCUUGAGGCUACGGUUAAUCCUCCGGUCUCUGACCCAUCUCUCUAUCGCAGCCUUGCAGGUUCCUUGCAGUAUUUGACAUUUACACGCUUCGACAUUGCGUUUGCCGUUCAGCAAGUAUGCUUGUUUAUGCAUGACCCACAGAAGAAUCAUUUCACUGCUCUAAAACGGAUCUUAUGCUACAUCAAAGGCACCAUCUCUCAUGGUCUUCAAAUUCACAAGUCUUCAACAAUAUACCUCGUUGCUUACUCUGAUGCAGUCUGGGCUGGCUGCCCCAACUCAGGGCGCUCCACAUCCGGCUAUGCGGUGUUCCUUGGUGACAACCUUAUCUUCUUGUCUUCUAAGCGUCAACAUACCGUCUCCCGCUCCAGUGCUGAAGCAGAGUAUCGCGGUGUCGACAAUGCUGUUGCAGAGACAACUUGGCUCCGUAAUCUCUUCCUCGAUCUUGGUUGUCCCCUCACAAGGCAACACUGGUCUAUUGUGACAAUGUCUCUGCGGUUUACCUCUCCACCAAUCCGGUACAACAUCAGCGGGACCAAACAUGUGGAGAUUGAUAGUCACUUUGUCCGUGAAAAAGUAGCCCUUGGUCACAUUCGUGUUCUUCAUGUACCAUCCUCGUUACAGUAUGCAGACAUCUUCACCAAGGGACUACCCUCUCCAUUGUUCACCAAUUUUCGAACCAGCCUGAACUUCCGACCUCCUCCCGUUCUGAAUGGGGGGGGAGAGUGUUAG